AUGGAACUCAACCGAGAACAUUUUCGCGCCAUAAUUUAUUACAACUUUCAGAGACAAUUAUCGCAACAAGAAUGCCUUACUGAGUUACUGUUUGUUUUCGGCAACGAAGCGCCACAUCAGUCGACAAUUUCCCAUUGGUAUGGAGAAUUCAAACGUGGACGGAUGAGUCUUAGCGACGAUUCCAGGGUGGGUGCACCAAAAACGGAAGUCAGCCAGGAAAACGUCGAUGCUGUGCGCAAACUCAUCAUUGAAGAUAGACAUGUGACAUAUCGCGAGAUUGAGGCGUCCUUGAAGAUCUCAAAGACCUCAAUUCAAAAAAAUUUACAUGAGGAAUUAGGAGUAAGAAAAUUAGUUUCUCAGCAGAAAGAAGCCAGGGUUAAUUGGUGUCAAAAAAUGCUUGACCGUUUCAAUUCCGGAAACUCAAAAAAUGUAUACAGCAUUGUUAGUGGUGAUGAAUCGUGGAUUUACUGUAAUGAACCAGAAAAUAAACGACAUUCGGCUAAAAGCCAACAAAACCCCGAAAGAAGAAUCAUCCUCCACCAAAACAAUGCAAGCUCGCACACAGCCAAAAAAGCAAGGCAAUAUUUAACGGAAGAAAACGUGGAAUUAUUGGACCAUCCGCCAGAUAGUCCCGAUCUAAGUCCUAGCGAUUUCUUUACUUUCCCGAAAAUUAAAAACAGACUGCGUGGUCAAAGGUUCCAGUCACCAGAAGAAGCAGUUGACGUAUUCAAAAAUGCCGUUUUGGAUCUGCCAGCAAACGAGUGGAAUAAGUGCUUCGAAAAUUGGUUCGAGCGCAUGCAGAUGUGUAUUAAUCUUCGUGGAGAAUACUUAGAAAAACAAAUAAAGUCAUUUAAAACUACCUACCGUGUUGUUUUAUUUCCAUAUGCAAAACUUAAAAGACAUCAUAUGCUUGAAAAUUAA